AUGCAUACUUUGUAUGGAUCAUCAGAUGAGAGGGAAAUGGAUGAUAGGUUUGCAGAAUUCAAAGAGGAUGUGGAUAUGGUGAAGCUUGAACUCAAAGUGGGGAUGAGAUUUAGGAAUGCACAAGUUUUUAGGAAUGCAUUAAAGGAAUGGCAAGUGCAACAGGGAUAUGAUUUGAAGUGGGUUAGAAAUGAAAAUAAGAGGAUUACUGCAGUGUGUAAACAAGAGUGUGGGUUUAGAAUUCAUGCAUCUCCAAUGCAAAAUGAAAGCACAUUUCAGAUCAAAAGCUUAAAACCACUUCAUUCAUGUGAGAUCUCAGCCAUGCAAAAGAACAUUCAUAGAGAACUAAUGGUUGAUGUAAGUAAGAGUCAAGUGUAUAGAGCAAAAAGAAAAGCAAAGGAAACAAUUGAAGGGGAUUUGAGGAAGCAACCUAUAGUUGAUGAAAAUGAUGAUGAAGUAGAAAGGCCUAACAGACAACUUACACCUGUUUUUAAGAGGUUGUAUAUCAAGCUAGAUGCACAGAAGCAAGGUUUUGUACAAGGUUGUAGGCUUGUUGUUGGGUUAGAUGGUUGUUUUUUGAAGGGCAUAUAUGGGGGCCAGCUUUUAGCAUCCAUUGGUGUUGAUGAGUAUAACAUGUUUCCCAUUGCCAUUGUUGCAGUGGAGGCUGAAUGCAAGGAUUCAUGGGUAUGGUUUCUGACCCAAUCAAUAGAGGACAUAGGAGCUGGCAAUGACAUUGGGUGGACAUUCAUUUUAGACAGACAAAAAGAAUUGGUGCACACCUUUACACAGAUUUUGCCUAAUGUUGAGCAUAGGUAUUGCUUGAGGCGCUUCUACACUAACUUCAAACAGAAGUUCAGGGGCAAAGAGUUUAAGGUAUUGAUGUGGAAAGCUGCAAAGGCUGGGACAAAAAGAGAGUUUGAUUAUCACAUGAAGAAGUUGGGGGAAUUGGACAAAGAAAACAAGCCAAAUGAGUGGUUGAUGUAA